AUGGACCGUUGCCUCCACCUGCUAGCCCCCCCCAUCGACAGAAAGAUGCGUCGACGGCUGAGAGGAGCCGGCUUGAUGGUGGCCGCUAUUCAGCAUGGGGCCAACCCAAAGCCGAAGACAGCAAGGCUGCUGCAUUGCUCGAAUCUCUUCUCAAUGACACAACUCCCUGGAGAGAAGGCCGCUCAGGUCAUGCGGCAGUACUUGCUGCCGAUGUUCGAAGUGCACCGGAUACGCCAGGAAGAAAUGGAGCGCCAUGAAAGACUUGGCACCUCUACCACGCGGAAGGACCCCAAACUGGAAGUUCCAGCAUCCCCUCCGCGAUCGGCCUCGCCAGUGAGCCCAGGAAAGACAGCAGUGCUGGCGGAAAUGCAGUUGAGUGAUUCGCUCCUAAGUGAGCUUCAGGCCGCGAAAGAGGGAAACGCGAUACUGAGGCAGCGUCUCACGGUAUCGGAAACGGCGUGCAAAGAACUCUACGAGAAGCUGGAAGCCGCGACGUCCUCGCUAGCGAAGCUGCAAGUCGAACUGGAGCAGACGAAGCAAAAGGAAUCCUUUUCCCGUCUUCACAUCACCCAGACAGAGAGUGACUGUGCCUCCCUGAGAUGGCAACUCCAGCAGCUGGAAGCGUUGAUUGGACAGCACCAGGCUGAACAGAGCCGCCUCUCGCAGGCCGUCACGGACCUUCGACAGACCAACGAGGAACUGAGCAGGAAACUCACCGUCACACGGAAUAGCGCAGCUCUCAUGCAGCACGAGCACGAAGUCCUUACAGAGCAGUCCGUUUCGAAGGCGCAUAUCGACGACAUCCAAAAAUUCUCAGCGAACCUGCAGAACGAGUGCGCCAAGCUGGCCAACGAACGAACUCGACUUCUGGACAUCAAGAAAGACUUGACACUGCAACGCGAUCGACUGGCUGCAGAGACGAACAGGUUGAGGCGGGAGUUGGAGGAGACUCGCCAACAGGUUACCAAAGAGAGCGCGCAGCAGUUCGAGGAAAUCGAGAACCUGAAAAAGGAACGCGAGGAGAUGGACAAGCAGCUGAAAGAACUAAGGGAGGAUCGUGAUAAGCUGAAGCAGAGGAUAGCGCGAUUCAGAGCACGCCGGAAGAUGUUUGAAGCUCAGCAGCGCACGUGCAAGAACUGCGGGAAAGACUACGAGGAAACGGAGAAUUACAACUGGAGUUGCCGGACUCACCACUCCGAAUAUGGCGGCGAAAUGUGGUGGUGUUGCGGAAAACUGGGGAAAAAUGCUCCCGGGUGCCGAUUCAGCAAACACGAAUCGAAAGACGACGACGACGAACUUGAUGCGGAGGAGAAGUUGGAGCGAGAAGCUGCGAACCAAUGCCCGAAGGACCCGAAUCCUCGGGCUGGCGGCGUCGACGUGAAUGGAAAAGAAGAACUUCGUCGACUGGAAAUCCUUGGCAAUCAAGAGCGGUCCCAGCAAAGACGACAGUCUGGAUUGGACAUGGCAGCAGAGCUCGCCGACAAGUUCGGUUAUGAGGGCCUGCGAGAGCCCCUCGAUGACGGAGACAUCUUCAUGGAUCUGCGGUCUGCAGCCUCCUCACGGGCGCCGUCCUUCGCCGUUAAGGUGGACGCAGAAGGCGCCACCACAGCCGCCGAGAUUCCCCCCGAGACUCUGCCCAACGCAGUGACAGAAGCGCCUCGGGCAACAUCUCAGACGGCAUCCGAGGAACUUGCAGUUGCCUGA